AAAAGUGUAGGCCUAUUCAAAGACAAAUUAGAAAUAAAUGAACACUAUCCAGUUCAAACAGAAAAAGAUUAUAUAUCCAGAGACAAUGGAAAUAAUUACAAUAGCAUUUUCACUCUUUCCCAUGAAAAUGGGUCCCUUACAUCUCAUAAAAGGAUCCUCACAGGAGAGAAGCCAUACAAAUGCAUGGAAUGUGGAAAGAGCUUCCGUAAAAACAGUUCUCUUACUGUUCAUCAAAGAAUCCACACAGGGGAGAAGCCAUAUAAAUGCACCAAAUGUGGAAAAAGUUUCACUAACAACUGGUCCCUCACAUGUCAUAGAAGGAUCCACACUGGAGACAAGCUAUAUAAAUGCAUGGAGUGUGGAAAGAGCUUCCAUGGAAACUUGUCUCUUACUGUUCAUCAAAGGAUCCACACAGGGGAGAAGCCAUAUAAAUGCAUUGAGUGUGGAAAGAGCUUCCGUGAAAACAGGUGUCUUACUCUUCAUAAAAGGAUCCACACAGGGGAGAAGCCAUAUAAAUGCAUGGAGUGUGGAAAGAGCUUCCAUGGAAACUUGUCUCUUAUUGUUCAUCAAAGGAUCCACACAGGGGAGAACCCAUAUAAAUGCAUGGAGUGUGGGAAGGGCUUCAGGCAACAUAGUAAGUUGACUUCCCAUAAAAGGAUCCACACAGGAGAGAAGCCAUAUAAGUGCAUAGAGUGUGGAAAAAGUUUUACUAAGAGCCAUUCCCUCACCUCUCAUGGAUGUAUCCACACAGGAGAGAAGCCAUAUAAAUGCAUGGAGUGUGGAAAGAGAUUCUCUGCAAAUAGUUAUCUUACUGUUCACCAAAGAAUCCACACAGGAGAGAAGCUGUCUAAAUGCAUGGAGUGUGGAAAGAGCUUCUCUACCUAUAGUUAUCUUACUGUUCACCAAAGGAUCCAUGCAGGAGAGAAGCCACAUAAAUGCAUGGAGUGUGGAAAGAGCUUCUAUGUAAAUAGUCAUCUUACUGUUCACCAAAGGAUCCACACAGGGGAGAAGCCACAUAAAUGCAUGGAGUGUGGAAAGAGCUUCCGUGGAAACUUGUGUCUUACUCUUCAUAAAAGGAUCCACACAGGGGAGAAGCCAUACAAAUGCAUGGAGUGUGGAAAGAGCUUCUGUCAAAAGAGUUCUCUUACUGUUCAUCGAAGGAUCCACUCAGGAGAGAAGCCACAUAAAUGCAUGGAGUGUGGAAAUAGCUUCUCUGCAAAUAGAUAUCUUACUGUUCACCAAAGGAUCCACACAGGGGAGAAGCCGUAUAAAUGCAUGGAGUGUGGGAAGGCCUUCAGGCAACACAGUAACCUAAGUUCCCAUAGACGGGUCCAUACAAGAGACAAGCCAUAUAAAUGCAUGGAGUGUGGAAAGAGCUUCCGUGAAAACAGGUCUCUUACUGUUCAUCAAAGGAUCCACACAGGGGAGAAGCCGUAUAAAUGCAUGGAGUGUGGGAAGGCCUUCAGGCAACACAGUAACCUAAGUUCCCAUAGACGGGUCCAUACAAGAGACAAGCCAUAUAAAUGCAUGGAGUGUGGAAAGAGCUUCCGUGAAAACAGGUCUCUUACUGUUCAUCAAAGGAUCCACACAGGGGAGAAGCCGUAGAAAUGCAUGGAGUGUGGGAAAAGUUUCACUAACAGCUGUUCCCUCAGAUCUCAUAGAAGUAUCCAUACAGGAGAGAAGCUGUACAAAUGCAUGGAGUGUGGAAAGAGCUUCCGUGAAAACAG